AGCAAUCGGUUGCUCGGCGACUCUGGGCAACCGAUCGCCGGGCAACCGGUGGCAGCACGCGAGCAACUCCUAGCAACACCGAUGAAUUUGCUUUCACAUUGCUGACGUCAUAAUUACGUCACGCCGAGGAACUGGGCGACUCUCGACAACCGGCAUUCCAGCCCACCGGCAACCGGACGCAGAUGUGUUUUGAGCCAUGGACGGAGAUAACGAUGCCAUUGAAGCUCGUCUGCAGCGCAUCAGGAUUCUGCGGCUUAUCAAGCUCCGUCAGCGCAGAAGACGCCGCAUGUGGGUGCGGCCGGUGCUGGCUGCUCGCGACGAGCUCGGGGAGUUCAGCCACCUCGUCAGCCAGCUGCGUAGUGACCCAGCUGCCCACCAGCAGUACCUGCGCCUGACGCCAGCCGAGUUUGAUGAUCUGCUGGGCCUCGUGCGGGACGACAUCGCUAAAGAAGUCACCAACAUGCGACGUCCCAUCCCACCUGACGAGCGACUGGCCCUAACCUUGCGAUACCUGGCAGCUGGAGGCGCCAUGAAAACGAUUGCGGAGUCGUAUCGCAUCGCCCCACGCACAGCGACAGGGAUAAUAUAUGAGGUGUGCGAGGCCAUAUACCAACGGCUCGCCCCUCUCUGCCUGCGCUCCCCGACGCUGAACGACUGGCAUGCAUCAGCUGACGACUUCUUGGAAUUGUGGCAACUGCCAAACUGCAUCGGGGCGCUCGAUGGCAAGCAUGUUGCCUUGCAGAAACCAGCUGGCACCGGUUCAAUUUACUUCAACUAUAAGGGCUUUUGCAGCGUCGUGCUCAUGGCCGUAGCUGACGCCAGAUACAGGUUCACCUACAUCAGUGUCGGCAGCCAGGGCAGCGAAAGUGAUGGCGGCAUUUUCGCCCACUCCGAUCUGGCCGCACUGCUGCGUCGACACCAGGAGGUGGGCGACGUUCUGCCGCCACCGAAGGCGCUGCCGAACACCGACGAGGAGCUGCCCCACUUCCUAGUCGGAGACGAGGCGUUCCCGCUACAGCGCCACCUCAUGCGGCCGUACGCGAGGGCGUCGCUGGUGGGAUCGGAGGCGGACCAGCGGCGCAUCUUCAACUACCGUCUGAGUCGUGCGCGCCGCUGCGUCGAGAACGCCUUCGGGAUCCUGGCUCAACAGUGGCGAAUCUACCGUGGGAGCUUGGGCUGCACGCCAGAAAAAGCCGCCUUGCUGGUGAAAGCAACGUGUGCUUUGCACAAUCUCCUGCGCCAGCGAGACGUGGAUGCCGACAGUGUCAGCCGCAGCUACGCAGCCGUCCCCGCCGAGCGUGACGCCGCGCCCACCCUGCGGGGCAUCGGUAGGAUGGGCGCCAACAAUCACUCGCGGGAGACGGCCCGCGUCCGCCAGGCCCUGACCGCGUAUGUGAACGGCGUCGGCAGCGUCCCGUGGCAGAGAGCUGCAGCUGGCCUUGACCAGUGAAGCUGGAGGUGGGCGUGACUGUCGUUCGUGUAUCUGUUGUGGGUGCUGCUGUCGCGGGCGUGGGUGUUUCUGUCGUGGGUGUGGCCGCCGUGCGUGGGUCGCAUGGAGAGGCGUGUGGUGACGGCGGUGUGCACUGUGGGCCCAGUUCAUACGCAAGCUCUACCUGUUAUGAUUUGUUCAUUGUCUUUUGCUGUUACGCGUUGUGCCGCGCUGGCGGCUCCCCGGCCGGCCAGCGGGCCCGCCGGGCCAAAGCCUACCGUCCAGACGAUUGUGUGGUAGGCACACUCGGCGCGCCCGCCCAUUGGUCGCGGUGUGUCACGUGAUUGCGCGGAAGAUGUCGAAGAACUGAACGUCUUAUUCGAGCGGAUCUGGCUGUGCGUCGAGUUGACGCUGACGGCUCGAUCCUGGCUGAGCGUCGAGCCGACUGUUCGUUUUACCGAUUCAAUAUACCCUGGUUUACCGGGUGUCCGAUUCGUGACACACAUCUACCAACGCCUCCAGCUACUGGCGAUUUAUUUAUGUUAUGUGCUCAUUUUAUUAUGUGAACGAUGAACUGAUGUUAAAAAAGUUGGUCAUUACAUGCUUAUCACCACUGA